AUGGCUUCUACCAGCAAUGGAAACACUCCCACCGCGCCGGAAGAGGUGGGCAAACCUCCAGAGGGGGUCGUCUUGCCGCCCAAGGAUAUUCGAGCGAUCGUGGAGAAAACCGCCGGAUACGUCGCCCGAAAUGGCAUUGUCUUUGAAGAUCGUGUCCGCGAAAAGGAGCGCAAUAACCCCAAGUUCUCCUUCCUGAAUCCGAACGACCCAUAUGCGAGUUUCUACCAGUGGCGUCUCACGGAGAUCAAGGAGGGAAGAGGAACGACGGUAUCAGCAGGCCGGCCGGGCGAGACCGCAGCUGCUCCAGAACCCGAGAAGCCCAAGGGACCGGAGCAGCCUCCUGACUUCCACUUUUCCGCACGCAUGCCGAUCAUUAACGCGCAAGAUCUGGAGGUUGUCAAGCUCACUGCGCUGUUUGUCGCCAAACGAGGCAAGUCGUUCAUGACUGCGCUCUCCCAGCGCGAAACCCGCAACUUCCAGUUUGAUUUCCUGCGGCCGCAGCACAGUCUGUAUCAGUUUUUCACCCGGCUAGUCGACCAGUACACUAUCCUCUUGCGCAAUGAGGGAAUUGACGCAGCUACGACGGAGAAGAAGCGGAUCGCCGAGCUCGAGAACAACGUGAAGAACCGAUUCCAUAUCCUGGACCGAGCGAAACAACGCGCCGAAUGGGUGAAAUAUCAGGAACAACAGAAGCAGAAGAAGGAAGAAGAGGAAGAACAGGAGCGGAUAGCCUAUGCGCAAAUCGAUUGGCACGAUUUUGUCGUUGUUGAAACUGUGCUCUUCACCGAAGCGGAUGACCAGGUUGACCUUCCGCCUCCCACGUCGCUCAACGACCUCCAGUCCGCUUCCCUCGAACAGAAAGCCAUGAUGUCCCUCAACCCCCUUCGCAUCGAAGAAGCUAUGCCGACAGACCAGGAAGCUCCUACAUACUACAACGCCUACCCUGCCCAACCCGAACCUGUGCCUCAACCUGUCGGUCCGGCAUUCCCACCGCAGCCACAAGUACCUCAGCCAUACCCCGUCCCCUCUGCUGCCGCCCAGGAAGAGGAGGCUCGAAUUCGCGAGCGCGCACAGGCCCGCGAACAAGCCGCUGCAGCCCAGGCGGCCGCUAAAGCCGCUCCGGGCCAGCAACCGAUGCGUAUCCGUUCGGAUUACGUGCCGCGUGCGCAAGCCCGACGCCAGAACGCUGCCGGCGCCACCGCCCUCUGUCCCAACUGUAAGCAGCAGAUCCCGGUGGCGGAACUCGACCAGCACAUGCGGAUCGAGCUUCUCGAUCCCCGCUGGAAAGAGCAACGGGCCAAGGCCGAAUCCCGCAGCGCCACGACCAACUUGUCCACGGCCGACGUGGUCAACAACCUCAAGCGUCUCGCCAGCCAGCGGAGCGAUGUCUUUGACUCGACCGUGCUUCCGGAAACCGGUGAUCCCGAAGAAGAAGCCCGCAAGAAGCGCAUGGCAGUGGAAGGGGCCCCCGGUCAGGGACCCAUCCCUCCAAUGGUUGGGCCGGCCGGGGCGCCUGCUAAUCCUCAGAGCAUGAAUAUUGACGAGCAAAUCCGACACAUCUACGAGCGGGCCAACGAGCGAUACAACAAAUGA